CACCAGGCGGAUCGCCUCGCUCUGGGGCGGUCGCCGGCCCGGCCGUGUUGUCACCAGGCCCAGGGAUGCAGCCCGGCAGCGCAGACCGCCAGUGCUCUACCCCCUAAUGGCUGCCCGGGAGCGGGGGCCCCUCCGCCGGUCCUCCUCGGCAGGGCGCGUCCUCCAGCGAAGGUGACCGGAGGAAGGCGCCCCUCCCGCUCCCGGGAACGCCCGCGCCUGGAACGCCACUGCGAUGGACUCGCAGUCUCGGCCUGAAGGUUUGACUUAAUGCUUCUGGCCUGAGAUCCAGGAUGGUUUGUUCUUGGGACCAGACAUGACCAAAAGUUGACAUCAUGACCACGUCAACCUCUCCAGCUGCCAUGCUUCUCCGGAGGCUUCGGCGACUCUCCUGGGGCAGCACAGCUGUGCAGCUCUUCAUUCUAACUGUGGUGACAUUUGGCUUAUUGGCCCCUCUGGCCUGCCACCGGCUCCUCCACUCAUACUUCUACCUGCGCCAUUGGCAUCUAAACCAGAUGAGUCAGGAUUUCCUGCAGCAGAGCCUGAAGGAGGGGGAGGCUGCCCUUCACUACUUUGAAGAGCUGCCCUCUGCCAAUGGGUCUGUACCCAUCGUCUGGCAGGCCACUCCCCGCCCCUGGCUGGUGAUCACAAUAAUCACCGUGGAUAGGCAGCCUGGCUUCCAUUACGUGUUACAGGUAGUUUCCCAGUUCCAUCGGCUUCUGCAGCAGUGUGGCCCCCAGUGUGAGGGGCACCAGCUCUUCCUGUGCAAUGUGGAGCGGAGUGUGAGCCAUUUUGAUGCUAAGCUGCUCUCUAAGUAUGUCCCUGUGGCCAACCGCUACGAGGGCACCGAAGAUGAUUACGGUGAUGACCCUUCAACUAACUCCUUUGAGAAAGAGAAACAAGACUAUGUUUAUUGCCUGGAGUCCUCGCUGCAGACCUACAAUCCAGACUAUGUCCUGAUGGUGGAGGAUGAUGCUAUUCCAGAAGAACAGAUCUUCCCAGUAUUGGAGCACCUAUUGCGUGCUCGCUUCUCUGAGCCACACCUCCAGGAUGCCCUGUAUCUAAAGCUCUAUCACCCAGAGAGGCUUCAGCACUACAUCAACCCAGAGCCCAUGCGGAUCCUGGAAUGGGUUGGUGUGGGCAUGCUGCUGGGGCCUGUGCUAACCUGGAUAUACAUGAGGUUUGCCUGCCGUCCGGGCUUCAGCUGGCCUGUCAUGCUCUUCUUCUGUCUGUACAGCAUGGGGCUGGUGGAACUGGUGGGCCGACACUAUUUCCUGGAACUGCGGCGCCUGAGUCCCUCCUUGUACAGUGUGGUUCCUGCCUCUCAGUGCUGCACCCCGGCUAUGCUCUUCCCUGCCCCUGCUGCCCGCAGGACCCUCACCUACCUGUCCCAGGUGUACUGCCACAAGGGCUUUGGCAAAGACAUGGCACUGUACUCUCUGCUGAGAGCUAAGGGGGAGCGGGCCUAUGUGGUGGAGCCCAACCUUGUGAAACACAUUGGGCUCUUCUCCAGCCUACGGUACAAUUUUCAUCCCAGCCUACUCUAGGAGCGCCAAGAAAUGCACUUCUGCCACUAGCUGUUUCCGGGAGAGGCACACACUGAACUCUUUAUUUAGACACGGUUGCUUGUAGGUAUUUCAUUGUUCAUUGUUGCCAAGUGUAAAGGCACUGGGACAGGGUAGAAAGGCAACCAAGUGAAAAGCCCUGACUGGUAAUCCCCCAGCAGAAGCAGCAGUUUGUCAGAGUCUGGAUCUCUGUCCCUCUCCACAGCCAGACUGCCUCCUGCGGUCUGUCCUGCUCGCUGAGUAUGAAUGCCAGUGAUAGUUAUCUUCUCUGUGUCUGCAAGGUCUGCCUCGUGACAGAGCCCGUGACUGCCAAAACUCUUGUGCACUGUGGUAUAAGACUUAAGCUAGGAUUUUAAGGGUAGGUUAUGGUGAACAGUCAGAUACUUUUGAACGAAUUCCUUUCUCACGGUAUAAGAAUGGAUGUGUGCUUAGAAUAUAUGCCCAAAGAAGGCAGGACCAUGUUGCCAUAUUCUAUUUGUUUUCCUUGACCUGGUGUAAUAAAAGUGUCAAAGUCG